GACAUUUAGUGGUUUUGACAGAUAGCAAGCUUUAAAUAAUUAUUUAGCGGAUAAUGUGAAAAAUUUCAUCUAGUUAAAAUUGUACUGAUAGAUAUAUUAAUUAACAUAUAAUUAACGCUUAUCAAUAGUUAAAUAAUGGCUCAAACUGAAGUCACAAAACUUCAGCAACAUCUUUCAUUAUUGAAAGAGGAAUACACAAAACUACAAUCACAUUGUGCUGAAAUUGAACGUAAAUAUAAUUUAGCCGCAGCUUCAGCCGGCGAAUUAAAUGAAACAAGUUUUGUAGCGAGAUUAUUGUCAUCGGUGGCAUUACUUUAUGGAAAAACUACUUACAGCGAUAUUAAAAUUAAGUUGAAUAAUCAAACAUUCCCGGCACAUCGAUUAAUUUUGAGUGCACGAUCUGAUAAAUGGAAUGAAGAGACGUUAGGGAAAGCAAAGGAAUUGGAUUGGUCAAAUUUAGAUGAAAGUGUUGCGCAAACAUUAUUAAAAUGGAUUUAUACAGAUUCCAUUGAUUUAUCACGAGAUGAUGAUACGCUCUUAUUGUUGAUGCGUACAGCUCACGAUUAUGGAUUGGAUGGUCUUGUGCAUCGCUGUGAACAAACUUUAAUUUCCAGAGCGGGAGUACGAAAUUGUGUUAGAUUUUAUACAGCAGCUGAAACAAUAUCUGCAAAACGUUUAGAAGAACAUUGUUCAGCAUUAAUAUCAGCCCAUUGGGAUGACUUAACUGGUCAUGAUUUUGAACAUAUGUCUGGACCAUUAUUAUAUAAAAUGUUGAAAACCAAAAUUAAACAUGUCCUUCAUGCAGCCAUCCGAUUAAAUCGUGAAGAUGUUGUUUUUCUAUUUCUCGUCGAACACAAUAACAAUUUAUCAACGGUCAUCAACGAAUGGAGUCCAAAUGGUGAACUUCCACUUGAUUUAGCCCUGUCCACAAAUCAAAUAAGUAUCGCAAGCAAUUUAAUACAAAAUAAGGCUGAUGUAAAUAUCCGUGAUGAACGAAACGAUCCGUUACUAUUACGUGCAAUCCGUCGUAACGAUAUUAAAUCCGCAAUAUAUUUAAUAGAACAUGGUGCUAAUGUUAAGUUAACAAGCUUAAAUGAUAUGGAUACAGCUUUACACUUAUUAGCUGCAAUCAACACAACCGAUACGGCUGACGAUACCGGUGAAGAUGAAGAAAUCAUAACAAAACUGAUUAUUGAAAAAGGCGUUAAUAUCAAUGCACAAAAUUCAAAAGGUUACACCCCACUUCAUAUAUGUAUGAUGUGUCGAAAUAUUCAGUUAGCGGAAAUUUUGUUAGCUCAAUCAGAGCUUGAUUUAUCGUUGAAAACAUACGAGGAUGAACAUACAGCGUUAUAUUUCGCACUGUUAAAGGAUAAUGAUUUUACGUUAGCUGAAAGUUUAAUUGAACGUGGUUGUAUUGUGAAUCCGAUUUAUUCGAAGAAUGGUGAUAGUUUAUUACAUGAGCUAGCACGUCAAUGUUUAUCAGAUGCUGGUAAUUUUAUUGCUCAAAGAGCUAAAGAUAAUAUUAAUCAUGUAAAUCGUGAUGGUAAUACUGCCUUACAUAUCUGUUGUCAACAUGGAUGCCAUUUAUUUGUACAAUAUUUGUUAAUACAUGGAGCAAAUCCAAAUAUUGCUAAUAAUCUUGGACAAAGUCCACUUCAUAUUGCUGUUGUUAAGAAUCAUGUAAAUUGUAUAAAAGCAUUUAUCGAUCACAAUAAAAAUUAUCCAGAAAAUAAGUGUAAUUUAAAUUUAACAAAUGCCGAUGGAGAAACUGCUGUUGGUAUAGCGUUGAAAGAAUCUUUGGAUGAUUUAAUACCAGUUUUAGUCAAGGGUGGAGCUGAUGUUAAUAUCAAAAAUGUUAACGGUUUAACAUUAUUACAUCAAGCAAUCUUAAAAGAGGAUUCUACUUCAGCUUUAUUUUUAUUGGAAAAUGGUGCUGACAUUGAUUCCACAACUGGAGACAAUGAAACUCCACUACAAUUAGCUGUCCAUUGUCGUUUACCAACAGUUGUAGAAGCACUUUGUGUACGUGGUGUAGAUAUGGGACGUUUAGACGCUCAAGGCUCACCAGCACUUUGGGCCGCAUUGAGCUCAGAUCAAGAGGAUAUUGCCAGUACCCUUAUUCGUCACGGCGCAGAUCCAGAUUGUUGGGGACCUGGACCAGGAAAUUGUCUACAAACUUUAUUACACAAAGCAAUCGAUGAAAAUAUGGAAUCAGCAGCUGUAUUUUUAAUUCAGGCAGGAUGCGAUCGUGAUUCACCACGCCGACCUGGUUUAAACGGUGAAGAAUCGGAUGAAUCCAAAGAUAAAGCUAGUCCAUUGCAUUUAUGUUGUACAUGGGGUCUUGAACAAGUUGUUCAAACAUUGAUUGAACACGGAGCGAAUGUGAAUUCCAGAGAUGCUGAUAUGAAAACUCCCCUACACAUUGCGAUUGAAAAUCAACAUCCAACAAUCAUUUCACUGUUACUUUGCCAUCCAAAUAUUGAUUUAAGCCUACGUGAUAAAAAUGGAUUAUCCCCAUUUGCCACUGCUCUUACAUUCCGUAAUAAUAAUGCGGCACAAUCGAUAUUAGAUCGUUUACCGUCCGCCGCUGAACAAGUUGAUGGAAAAGGUUGUAACUUUUUACAUACAGCAAUUCAAAAAGGUGAUCUUGAAAGUGUAUUAUUCUUACUUGCUGUGCAAGUCGAUGUGAAUUCACGUGUUCAAGACUCAAAUCUUACGCCUAGUUUACAUUUAGCCGCACGGGCUGGUAAUGAAAUGCUUGUGCGAAGUUUAAUAUUAGCAGGUGCCCGUCCAGAUGAUCGUGAUGCCCAUAAACAAACAGCUCUUCAUGCCGCAUCUGAUGCAGGUCAUGCUGCUAUUGUUUCUGCUCUAUUACAAAAUGGCGCAGAUUGUGACGCAACGAAUAGCGAUGGUGAUAAUGCUUUACAUAUUGCAGUGCGUGAAGGUCAUUUACCAGUAGUGCGUGCACUAUUAACUGAAUCUAGAUUAGAUGCUGAAGCCAUCAAUUUAAAAGGGCGUAAUCCUCUUCAUGAGCUAUGUAGAUGUGCUAAAGAAAACGCUGCUGCAAUAUGUGAAUUAUUUUUAGAAUGUAUGCCUGAGUAUCCAAUAAAUCAACCCGAUUUACAAGGAAAUACCCCAUUACUUCUAGCCUACAUCAAAGGUAACGGACCACUAUGUCGUGCCUUAGUCGCUGCACAUGCAUGUAUGGGGGCUGAGAACAAAGAAGGUGUCACAAUAUUCAAUUAUCAAGUUGCAAGUAAACAAUUGUUACAUAAUUUGUUAGAUCGAUUAAAUCAGGAGGCACCAUGGGCUGAAGCCGAAGUGUGUCAGGAAUGUGGCAAUAAAUUUGGCUUUGCAACACGUAAACAUCAUUGUCGGCAUUGUGGACGAUGUUUAUGUGGUCGAUGUUCUGAUCAAGAGGUACCAAUAUUAAAGUUUGGUUUGAAUAAACCUGCUCGAGUUUGUCAAGUAUGUUUUCAGGUGUUACAGAAUGGCAGUAGUAGAUAUGUGCCAUAAUUUCAUAUAAUCAGCCCAUUUUAAGAGUCACUAUAAUCUAUGUGAAUUAAUGAGACAUUAUUUUUAGUCUCAAAUUGUCGAUAUUAAAAAUCAUGGUGGCCACAUUACUGGAAAAUCUAGAAAACCUGGAAAUUUCAGGAAAUUCCGUGAAAAAAGAGAAAAGUCAGAGAAUUUUAUCAAUUUUGUAACAAAGUUC